CAUGAUGCAUGCAGGUGUGGGCGUUGGCGCUCGCAUUGAGGGUGGCGAAGCGCUGGCGGCGGAGCGCUGACGGCGGCGGCUAUCAUGUCCAGGCGAGCGCUGGCAAGCUUCGCUAGUGCAUUAAUUGGAGCACGUGCACUAUCGCACCAAGUGCUUCCGUGAAGGCUGAAAGCACGUCGUCGAUGCCUUUAUACAUGUUCUGUUUCUUUGACCUGUUAUGAAUAUAUACAAACAUGCUCCAUUCGCAUCAGUACUACUGCAGCCAGUCCCGGCGGAGCCUUCUACAGUCAACAUACCAACCCCAACAUCAAAGCAGGCAGCGCAGGACGUGAACGUCAACACAAGCUUGCACCUUCUUUCAGCAUCUCACAGGACAAAGGACAGCAUCCUGCAGGUACCCGACUCUGGUGCCGAAUAUCUCUGGUACGAGUUAGGCGUAGAUCGGCUUAAUGUCAUUCACUCUUGGCUAUGGAUAGCUGGCCGUCCGAUGCCGCCACGCGCAUUGCAUUAUCAAAGACUGCUGGGCCGCGAAGUUAUAGUGACCGAACGGAUGGACAUGCACCUAGUCUGGUCCAAAGCCCGCAUCUUCGUCAAACCUCUUCCUCGUUUCCUUCUAGAACCGCAGUUUUGGGUAGACCACUUGAGUUGCAAAGACCAGUGCAAGUGUUCGCCGAUUUCUCCUCACAGUCCUGGACGCAAUGUUGGAUGCGAAGAGGCUCAGCUCAGAAAGUGUGCUCUGGGGUUCUUGCUGUCCUACGCAGCGCUUGUAUCUCACGAAAGCGACUUCUUCAUUGCGAAGGACAGCCAUCUGCUCCCCGAUCAGAUAUCUUGGAUGCAAUGGAAGACUUUCAUCAAAGAGAUCCUGGAGCAUGACGCUAUCUACGACCACAUCAACCAGCGCUACAUCCACGGCGAGCUGCGCCUAAACCGACUCAACGCAAUAUAUCGACUUACCGGACGUGCGGUAUUCCGUGGCUAUCAGUCCGAGUACAGCCAGUACAGCAGCUUCUUCCGAGACAACUUCACCUGGCUGGCAUCUGUGCUGGCAUAUAUGGUCAUUGUUCUGGCGGCCAUGCAGGUUGGCUUAGCGACAAAAGCAUUGGGGAAUGACGAGGCUUUCCAAGCAGCGUCGUAUGGUUUCACUGUGUUCACAAUGGUCGCUUCUUUGGCGGCCGUGAUGACAGUAUUCGCAGUCUUUCUGUGUCUUUUCACUUACAAUUGGAUACAAACAGUGAGGUACGUCAAAGUGAGGCAACGGGACCUUCAACGACGCACUGAAGAAUAGAUGCAUUAUGAUUCGUUUCAGCGUUAUGAUAUCUCAUUGAGCCAUACCAAUGGACACUGCGUUUGAAUGCAAGUUCAAUAACAUUACGAUGCGAGAGACGCCGACUUGCAGGUGAGGCACGCUUGUGCAACAAGGUGCAGCACGCGCAGCCGCGCAGCACACGCAGUGAUUCUGCAUGCACAGCUGAGCGCUGUUGCUGCUGCUGCUGCCGCUGCCAGACGCUGCCGCCCCGCUGAUCGCGCGAAAGCAUCGUAG